GGCGCGGGUCCGGGGCGCCCGGGCGGCGGCGCGGGGCGGCGGAGGCCGCGGCGGGCGCCAUGCGAUCAGGCAGUGCGCUGACCGGCCCGGCCGCUCGGCCCCUUCUGGGUCCUCCCCGUGCAGCCCGUGCGGGGCCGUCCCGGAGACCCCGCGCCGACGGCUGCUCAAACAUCAGGUGGCGAUGGAUGAUGAGGAUGGGAGAUGCUUACUAGACGUGAUUUGUGACCCUCAGGCCCUCAAUGACUUCUUACAUGGAUCCGAGAAGCUCGACAGUGACGACCUCCUGGACACCCCCGGGGAGCCCCAGAGUGCCUUCUACGAAGGGCCCGGGCUCCACGUGCAGGAAGCCUCCGGCAACCACCUGAACCCGGAGCCCAGUCAGCCAGCCCCCAGCGUGGACCUUGACUUCCUGGAAGAUGACAUCCUGGGCUCCCCUGCAGCAGGGGGUGGUGGCGGGGGUGGCAGUGGGGCUGGGGGCCCCCCAGAGCAGCCCUGCGACAUCCUCCAGCAGAGCCUUCAAGAGGCCAACAUCACAGAGCAGACUCUGGAGGCUGAGGCUGAGCUGGACCUGGGGCCCUUCCAGCUGCCCACCCUGCAGCCUGCUGAAGCUGGCUCUGGGGGACCAGCGGGGGCCGGGGGAGUGGCCGCGGGGGCCCAGGCUCUGUUUCCCGGGGGUGCUGCCGACCUGCUGGGGCUGCAGGCCUCAUCCGCUGUGCUGACCCAUCAGGCCCUGGUGCCACCCCAGGAUGUGGUCAAUAAGGCCCUGAGCGUCCAGCCCUUCCUGCAGCCUGUGGGCCUGGGCAACGUCACCCUGCAGCCCAUCCCCGGCCUACAGGGCCUGCCCAACGGCAGUCCGGGGGGCCCAGCAGCAGCAACGCUAGGCCUGGCACCCAUCCAGGUGGUGGGCCAGCCGGUCAUGGCACUUAACCCACCUGCCUCACAGCUCCUGGCCAAGCAGGUGCCAGUCAGCGGCUACCUAGCCUCAGCAGCCGGCCCCUCAGAACCCGUGACCUUGGCCUCAGCCGGUGUGUCGCCCCAGGGUGCCGGACUGGUUAUCCAGAAGAACCUGCCAUCUGCAGCCGCCGUGGCCACCACACUCAAUGGGAACUCGGUGUUUGCAGGGGCCGGGGGAGCUGCCACGGUGGCUGGUGGCGGCGGGGCGCCCCCAGGACAGCCGCUGGCCCCCAACGUCAUCCUGCAUCGCACGCCCACUCCCAUCCAGCCCAAGCCGGCCGGCGUGCUUCCCUCCAAGCUCUACCAGCUCACGCCCAAGCCCUUUGCGCCUACAGCAGCCGCGGCCACGGCUGCCACCGGGACUACACUGACCAUCCAGGGCGAGGCGGGGGCCCUCCCCCCACAGCCUAAGGCCCCCCAGAACCUGACUUUCAUGGCAGCUGGCAAAGGCGGCCAGAACGUGGUGCUGUCCGGCUUCCCCGCACCAGCCCUGCAGGCCAACGUGUUCAAGCCACCCCCAGCCAGCACCCCAGGGGCAGUGCCCCCCCAACCUCCCGGGGCCCUGAGCAAGCCCAUGAGCGUCCACCUGCUGAACCAGGGCAGCAGCAUCGUCAUCCCCGCCCCCCACAUGCUGCCCGGUCAGAACCAGUUCCUGCUGCCUGGGGCCUCAGCCGUGCAGCUGCCCCAGCCGCUGGCCAACGUUGGGGGGCAGAUCCUGGCCGCUGCUGCAGCCCCCCAUGCCGGUGGACAACUCAUUGCUAACCCAAUCCUCACCAACCAGAACCUGGCAGGCUCACUAAGCCUGGGCCCUGUGCUGGCCCCCCACUCAGGGGCCCCUGGCGCUGCCCACAUCCUGUCGGCUGCCCCCAUCCAGGUGGGUCAGCCGGCGCUCUUCCAGAUGCCCGUGUCACUGGCUGCCGGCAGCCUGCCCACACAGAGCCAGCCCACGCCUGCCGGCACCGUCCUACAGGGUGUCACGCUGCCCCCCAGUGCUGUGGCCAUGCUCAACGCACCCGACACGCUGGUACAGCCAGCAGCCACUUCUGGGGAUGCUGCACCUGUCCUGGCUGUGCAGGCCGUACCCCCUGCACCCCCUGCUGCCAGCACGCCCCUUCCCGUGGGCCUUCAGCCGCCACCACAGGCCCCCACACCGCAGGCUGCUGCCCCUCCCCAGGCCAGCACCCCACAGCCCAGCCCGGGUCUGGCGUCCAGCCCUGAGAAGAUUGUCCUGGGGCAGCCACCCACCGCCGCUACAGCCAUCCUCACUCAGGACUCACUGCAGCUCUUCCUCCCCCAGGAGAGGAGCCAGCCCCUCUCCGCAGAGGGUGCCCACAUCUCCGUGCCCGCCUCGGUCAUAGUCAGCGCCCCACCUCCCGCCCAAGACCCAGCCCCGGCCACCCCUGUCGCCCAAGGAGCUGGCCAGGUCCCCGACGGCCAGGCCUCCCCCGCGGCACCAGCCCCCCAGAUCCCAGCUACAGCUCCGCUGAAAGGCCCUGGGCCCUCCUCAUCCCCGUCACUACCUCACCAGGCCCCCCUGGGGGACAGCCCCCACCUGCCCUCCCCACACCCCGCCCGGCCCCCCUCCCGGCCCCCCUCGCGCCCCCACUCACGCCCCCCAUCCCAGCCCCAGAGCCUGUCCCGCCCACCCUCGGAGCCCACCUUGCACCCCUGCCCGCCCCCCCAGGCACCCCCAGCCCUGCCUGGCAUCUUUGUCAUUCAGAACCAGCUAGGAGUGCCCCCCACUGCCAGCACGCCUGUCUCCACCACUGCAGGCCCCCCUCAGCCUCCUCUUCGACCCCCUUCCCAGCCCCCAGAGGGGCCACUGCCCCCGGCCUCCACUUCUUCCACUGUGGCCACCACUUCCACCCCCUCUUCAUCCUCCGCCACCUCUUCCGAGCAGCCCACCAGGCUGCCUGCCCCCACACCAGCUGACUUCCAACUCCAGUUCCAGCCUGGCCAAGGGCCCCACAAGUCCCCCACAUCCCCUCCGACCCUCCACCUGGUCCCCGAGUCCACAGCAGCACCCUCACUGCCUGCCCGGAGCUUCCAGAUGGUGGCUGCCCCCUUCCCAGCGCUGCCCCAGCAGAAGGCACUUCUGGACCGAUUUCACCAGGUGCCAACGGGAAUCGUUCUCCAGAACAAAGCCGGGGGGGGGCCCGCCGCCCCACAGACCGCCAGCCUGGGCUCCCUGGCCACCCCUGUAGCCUCAGUGUUGGUCAGCGGGCAGCCCCCAGCUGGGACCCCUGCCAACCCCAGCCACCCCCCUGCCCCAGCACCCAUGGCCUCCACAGGCCUCCCACCUCUACUUCCUGCCGAGAGCAAAGCCUUUGCUGGUAACCUCCCCUCACUGAGUGUGGCCAAGGCCUCCGCCCCCGGGAAGCCCUCGGGGAUGCAGUACGAGAGCCGGCUGGGGAGCCUGAAGAAGCCGCUUUCCCUGCAGCCCAGCAAGGAGGCCUGUUUCCUGGAGCAUUUGCACAAACAUCAGGGCUCCGUCCUGCACCCCGACUACAAGACAGCCUUCCCGUCUUUUGAGGACGCCUUAUGCCGCCUUCUGCCCUACCAUGUCUACCAGGGUGCCCUCCCCUCCCCCAACGACUACCACAAAGUGGAUGAGGAGUUCGAGACGGUAUCCACGCACCUGCUGAAGCGCACACAGGCCAUGCUCAACAAGUACCGCCUCUUGCUCCUGGAGGAGUCCCGGCGGGUGAGCCCCUCUGCCGAGAUGGUUAUGAUCGACCGAAUGUUCAUCCAGGAGGAGAAGACCACCCUUGCCUUGGACAAACAGCUAGCCAAGGAGAAGCCCGAUGAGUAUGUGUCUUCCUCGCGCUCUCUCGGCCUCCCUGUUGCCACCUCUUCCGAGGGCCACCGGCUCCAGGGCCCAGCUCCGUCCUCCACGCCGUCAGGGGCCCCCGUCCAGCCGCCCCUGCACCUGCCCACCAAGUUGGUGAUCCGACACGGCGGGGCGGGCGGCUCCCCCUCCGUGACCUGGGCCCGGGCGUCCUCAUCGCUGUCGUCCUCAUCCUCGUCCCUGUCGUCGUCGACCUCGUCCGCCGCCUCCUCCUGCUCCCUGGACGCCGACGAGGAUGGCCCGAUGCCCUCCCGCAACCGGCCGCCCAUCAAGACGUACGAGGCGCGCAGCCGCAUCGGCCUGAAGCUGAAGAUCAAGCAGGAGGCGGGGCUCAGCAAGGUGGUGCACAACACGGCGCUGGACCCCGUGCACCAGCCGCCGCCCCCCGCCGCCCACAAGUCCCCGGAGCCCCCGCCCAGGCCCCCCGCGCCCCCACCCGCGCAGAUGAACGGCACCCUGGACCACCCGCCGCCCGCCGACCGCAAGGGGGCGCCCGCGCUGCACUGCCCGCGCCUGCCGCUGCGCAAGACCUACCGCGAGAACGUGGGGGGCGACGGCGCCCCCAGAACCCGCGCCGCCAGCCCCCAGGCCCUGCCCACCAAGGUGGACGAAGCCACCAGCGGCCUCAUCCGCGAGCUGGCUGCCGUGGAGGACGAGCUGUACCAGCGCAUGCUCAAGGGGGCGCCCCCGGACCCCGCGGCGGGCGGCGGGGGGCAGGGCAGCAGGGACCCCAGCUGGGAGGUGGCCCCGCUGCCUCCCCCCAAGCGCCGCAAGUCCGACUCCCCCGACGUGGACCAGGCCAGCUUCUCCAGCGACAGCCCGCAGGACGACGCGCUGACCGAGCACCUGCAGAGUGCCAUCGACAGCAUCCUGAACCUGCAGCAGGCCCCCGGCCGGCCCCCGGCACCCCCGUACCCCCACAGCGCCCCCGGACCCCCGUCCCCGACGCCCCUGCACAGGCCCGAGGCUUUCCCCCGCUCCAGCCACAACGGAGGCCUGGGCACCAGGACGUUGAACAGAUAACACCGGGCCGGUCCCCUCCUCCGGGCAGACUCGGGGGGUGGGGGGCACAGGGUGCACUGGGCCUCAGCCUCCUGGGGGGACACAAGCCGGGGAGCCCUUGACAAUUCUUGCCUAAGUUAUUUCAGUCACAAAGGCCUCCGCCUCCUCCUCCUCCCCCUCCUCCUCCUCCCCCCUCCCCCUCCUUCUCCCCCCUCAUCCCCCUCCCCCUCCUCCUCCUCCUCUUCCUCUUGGAAGGGGCGACUGGUUAGGGAGUGUGGGGGGUGAGGGGCCAUGGAUUUGGUGAAGGGGGUGACUAUCGUGUAAAAUGACCCCUUGCCCAAGUUGGGGUUGAGGGGAUCCAUCCUGGUGUGUUAUUUUCUACUACUUUCUGCUCCCUGCCUCGCCUCCCCCCCCGUACACACACACACACACAUACACACCACCCCUCUGCUCGUGGGGGGCCCCAGUGUGUGACGGCCAGAGUUUGGGGAUACCCGUUGUCCUGUCUGUGUGGCAUCACCUGAGCUGCCAGGGUCCCCUGGAGCCCGCCGCCCCACCAUCGCCCACUAUAGGCUGUGAAAGGAAGUGCAGGGAGGCGGCCAAGUGGGGUCCCCCACCUGGGGGCCCCGUCACCUGUGUAUGUAUCCUGUGACCCCUUGUGCCUGCUCCAGCGAGCAAGCCAGCAAGAGAGAGAGAGAGAGAGAGAGAAAAAAUCGGAUCCUCCCACCCUGCCACAGGAAACUCAGCAUCCUUCCAACCCAGGGCCUGGGGGCGGGGGUCUUACUCCCACCCACCCCCUGCACCCCUAAGCCAGUCUUCCCUCCAGUUCCUUCCUACCGCCAGCCACCCCGCGCCAGAUUUUGAAAUCUUGGAGACAAAACUAGUACUGUAAGAUAAAAAAUUUUUUGUACUGUAUUUAUUGUGUAUAACGAUUUUUUUAAGAAACGGAGAAUUCUGUACAUUUAGAACUCUUGUAAAUUAAAAGGCGAUCCUUUUUUUUAAAACUGUA